AUGGGCGCCAAACACGUCGGCCGCAACGGCCGAACCUUCAAGCUUCACGCCCCUGUCCCCUGCUACGACGUCCCCGCCUCCACGCUCGCCGCCGUUCCCGAUUCUCUCUUGACCUCGUUCAAUUUACUCCCCUUGUCCGCAAGGGAAACGCUUCGGAAAAUCACCAUUCCAGCGAGGGACGGCCGCGCCUGGCACGUGCCUGCGGGGGCGUUCUGCCGCCUCGAAGUCUCCCACGGGCCCCAGGUCGCAGAUGUCAAUAUCUGGAACACGCACAACCCCCGGGAGCGCUUGUAUACAUCCAAGACGCGUCUCAUUCACUCUUCCCAUCUUUCUGUCGGCGAUAGUCUCUGGUCUGGCAUGCCGUAUCUACGCCCGCUUGCUACCAUCGUGUCCGACUCAGUGCAGUAUGGUAUCGACGAGGAUAACGCCGGCGUUCACGACGUCAUCGGCAGCCGCUGCGAUCCGUACACGAACGCCGCCAUGACGGGCGCAAACGCGAAUCACUGCUGCCAUAGCAAUCUCGUCCGCGCCGUGCUUCCGUUCGGACUCACAGAGCAUGACGUGCACGAUGUGUUCAACGUCUUCAUGUGCACGGGAUUCAUGAGAUCGACGGGGCAGUACUUCGCAAAGCCGAGCCCAGUUGUCAAGGGAGACUAUUUGGAGUUUUUCGCACACAUGGACCUAUUAGUGGCUACUAGCACAUGUCCACAGGGAGAUGUUUCUAUCCCGUGCGGGUCUGACCGCGCGCCGACGUGCUAUCCGCUGGGAGCCACGGUUUUCCGCUUGCCAGGACUCGACCUCAAGCAUUAUACGCCACCGAAAGUGAGCUCGUAUCAAGGCGUUCAUGGACUGGCCUCUGCUGUAGAACAGCCAGAUGCGGACUCGUCAUGA